AUGGGAGGCCGGCUGCCAGGAAAACUCAAAAAUAGCUUUCUUUUCACCAUUCCAAGUCACGUUCGUACUAAUAAACCAACAAAACAUUUUCCGUUUGAAUUUUUUAAAAAAAUGUGAGUGAGGAAUUUUGCUUAAUUUUAAAGAAAUCGUUGUGAACACAAAACGGCAUUCCCCGUCCCCACCACCAGAUGUUUCGGAUUUGGAGCUAGUCAAACUCAUGGCUGUAAAUCGAAUGUUUCUUUUCUUGCCAAAGUUGAAGAGUUUAAAGUGUUCAGUUUGUGCCUUAAAAUUUAAAACUGUUUACUCACUGCUGGCAAGACAAUAGUUGUAUCUUAAUCUUAUGUGACGUUGGAAGAGACCGAGUAAAAGCGUCUUAGCUGACUUCGGUUGUUGUUGUUCUUCUCUCUUUAUCUCUCUGUCUCUCUCGCACGACGCCAUUGCGAUUUCUGCAUCAACUUGUCUCAACUUGUUGCCUAGAGUAGCCGCCUCAGUUUUUCUCAAAAUUAACAUGAAAACUAAGCCAAAAGUGGAUUCAAACAGUCAGCGGCUGAAGGCCUUAGUGCUAUGGAUCGAGGAAAACAAGACGGGCAUUGAGGAAUUAAGAUCUGUGCCUCUAAAGUCCCGAUUUGUUGGGGCAGUUACAACUGUGCUGUUCGCGGGAAAACACAAGGGAUACAAGGCCAAAAUUCUAAUGAUAAGCGCUGAUGGUGCUGCAUUAGAAAAGAAGGCUGAAGAGGUUGAGCUACAACUCUAUGCAGAGCAGCAGGAAGCCAAGAAGAAUAAGGCAAAGAGAAAUAGGGCCCAGAAACCCAAGAGUGGGAGUGCAUCUGAGCAAAGCAUUGUUCGUGCUCUUGGAGGGAAAGUGCCACCCCCAAAGGAACUCAAACAUCUAGACAUUGUGGAGCAGAAGGAGAAGCGUGUCCUUCAACAACAUCAACUUAACGGGCAACGGUUCUUGGAUUCUCAACUGCUCAACCUGUCUUCACAGCCAAGUAGUUCUCGGGCUUGUGAACCUACUGGAGAUGAUUUAGAAGUGGAUGAAAAUGUACGGCCAAGUGAGAAGAAUGAGGGGUUGAGUGAACCAAACGUUUUGACCCAGAAUGUCGAGCCUCAGAGCUCUGAAUGCUGUGAAGCAGCUCGCUUCAUCAAGAAAUUUAGCGGCGCACAAUACCGCAGCUUCUUUCAAGAGGUAUUAAAUUUGAUGGGAGAUGUCUCACCCGAUGAAGUUCAGUAUCUUGAAUUGCUCGACAUCCCUGAGCACGUUAAGAAAGUGGAGCUAGAACCUAAGGCGGCCAAGGGUGUUUACAUUUCCCAAACUAAGAGGGACCAGCUGAAGGUAGAUUUUGCUAAUAAACCUCCCCUGCUAGCAAGAGAAACCUUGUUUGCGCUGUUUGGGGAAGAAACAUUCAAAAUGCUGCAUGUCACCGCCAAGGGGCAGAAAUCAGGAUCCUAUGGCAUUCCUCCCAAUGUCUUGACAGCAUUGUUAGCUUUCAUAAACAAUCAUGUCAAAGAUGAGAAUAAGCUGAAGACUGUUGAGCUAACUGCCCUAAUUACUAAGAGAGCACCAGAGUGGAGAGCACCAGAGUGGCGCUCAAAGAACAAAUCAGUAGGGAAGAGUCCUGGAAGCCAUCAGAAACGGAAAGCAAUUGAGGCCAAGCAUCAUGAGGACAGCUUUUCUGCUGUUACACCUCCUCAUGCUCUACCAAGGAAAAGGGUUGCAAACAAUUCUGAGACUGAGCAUUAUGAGGAUAGCUCCUUGACAGGUUUCCCUUUUCACUCCCCACGAGAGAACAUUUCUUCUUUGGUGCAAACCCAUCAGCAAGAGGACACCGGUUCACCAUUAGCAAUUUCUAUCGCUGGAGCAAGGAAGAAACUACGUAUGAAUACUGAGGGUCCUCAUAUAGUUGAGGGAGGAAUGCGGCUGCAACAGCACUCAGUCCCUCAGUACUCGAACCAGCUUUACCAGUACAACCAGCAGUUCCAGUCCCACGAGCAGCCAUGUGACCAGCAGUAUUCGUGCCACCAGCAACAGCCUCAGCAGGACCAUCAUCAACUUGGGUCCUCACAUCAAUCAGGACCAGCAUACCAACACCAGGGAUACCAACACCUGCAGCCCCUGCAGCCCCUGCAGUCCCUGCAGCCCCAGCAGCCCCAGCACGCCCUGCAGCACCAGCAGGCACUGGAGCAUCAGCAACUCCUUCAGCGCCUGCAACACCUGCAGCAGCCCUUGCAGCCCCUGCAGCCCCUGCAGGUUGAGACCGUAGUCAAGUGUGGGCCAGACAGCACAGAGGAACUUAUCGACCUGAAUUGAAUUUCUAAUGCAUUCAUGCCUGCUCCA